UGCCCCGUGGCGGCUGCGGGGCGCGGGGGGCCGGCGCCCGGCGCUGAGCAGCUCCGCGGGUGCGAUGUCCUCGCUGGUGAAGGAGGACCUGGAGAAGAGGCUGUUCGGACCCCGGCGGCAGAGGCUGCACGAGUUCAUCGAGGUGGAGGGCGCGGGCGCCCAGCGCUACUACCUGUGCGCCGCAGUAAAUAAAAGUAAAGAAGUAGAAAUAUGUAUGGUUAAACACUGGCGAGUGGACCGAGAGGAGAAAUAUGAAAUAGUUGAAAAGUGGUUUUUGAAAGAUCUGGAGAUGAUUGACGGAAAAGAAGCAGAUACUGAUAAUCCGUAUUUUGAUAUGCAUUUCCAAAAAGUCUACAAUAUGGAAGCAUAUAGUUGUGCAUCUAAAUACACCUUUGCUCGAACACUAAGCAACCUGAAUGCGAUGUACCUUAAGAAGGACUUCAAGAUUGUCAACUUUGAUGACACCUACCUAAAUGAUGAUUCAAUCUGGUCAUCCAGCAAUAGAGAUUUCGUAGUAGUUAUGAAGGUUUGCUUCUAUGCUUUCAGCCUUUUAUGUCUCUCCCUCUGUCGUUUGUCCUAAAGAUGUGUUUUCUAACAUUGAGGUGACUGGUUGACUUUCACUGACCAGCAUUUCAUAAACCAUCUGAUCAAAAAGUUAGUAAGUGAUAUGCAGUGUCUCCUUUUUAAUGCUACACGUAAGUAAGAAGUGGAGCAUACUUUUUACAUAAAUAGUUGAUAAUUCAUUUAUAUAUGUUAGGAGGUCUUCACUCUAGCAAAUACUUAUAUAUACAAGAGACUGGAAACAUAGAACCAGUAAUUAUCAUGGUCAGUGGUGAUUGCUUAUGUAAGCAGAGUUCAGCAUUUGCUUAUAUGUUCAUGGAGGUAUAAAUUAUCUUUCACUAAUAACUCAAAAUACUUUUACAGCAUUAGGAGCAUUAACAGUUAGUUUAUAUCCUGCAAGUAGAAAAAAGAAAGGAAUCAAUUGAGUUCUGUAUGAGAAUGAUGCACAUUUCUAUUUCCAAAUGUGUUGAAACACAGAGCUCCGUUAAAGAGAUCACACCUACAUCCCUACAAGAAUCCAAUUCUCAUCCUGAUGGAUAGGAGUACUGCAGUCAGGUACCACGGGACCAACUUUUCACCUAUGCAGCUAUACUAUUUUUCCCACAGAACAUUUAGUACUUCCUCUGGCCUUCACGUUAUUUGUGAUACUGUCUUAGAAAACAAAUGUUCUUAAGCAGCAUCGCUUUAUUUGUCAGACCUUUCAGAACUUCCAUGUCAUUAAUGUCUCCUUUCUUGCCCUUCAUUGCUUAUGAACAGGCGUGGUUAGGGAACAGAAAUUGUCUCUAUCUCUGAACCAAAAGAUAAGAAAAUACUAUGUAAACAGUAGUAGUUGGCUACUAAAGGUACUUUGUAGGCAAGCAAUAGACUUUUCAAAAUUCAUAGAAUUACGAGAAUUAUUUUCACUAGUUUCUAGCUAAGUGUAAGCAUAUUCAGUGCACUGCUUAAAGGCACACUAGUACUUAGAGCUACAUUUACCAGGGGGUGGAGUCUAGUUUGGAAUGUCUCACAAAAAGUAACAUCUGGACUUGUGAUAGCAGCAUACUACAGUAGAAACAGAGGAUAAGUUGCAGCUGUGUUGAACAGAAGCUGAAGAGAACAAUCUUAAUGAUAAGAAGCAUAGUGUUCCUGCCCAGUGUCAGUCAGCUACAUUAGCUGGCUGUUCAUCCCAUAGUCAAUAAAGAAGUGCCAACCCAAAGAAGCUCAUUCAGAGAAGCUUCUGAUCAGAAUGUCCUGCAGGGGAAAAUUAGCUUUCUCCUUUGGCAGCCAAGAGAGUACAGGAAGGCAGGCUGUUGACGAAACUGGGUGUGGGCUUGGAGCUGAGUGAUGUCAGCUCCUAGUAAAUCAGAGGCUGAUUAACCAGCACCUGCCAUCUCUAAAACGGGAUAGUUGUGCAAGGGUACUGUGCUAUACUGUGGCUUGUACUUAGCUUUUGUCUUUCAUGUGAACUCCCACCCUUGAAAACAUUUCUGUAAAUGUUGUUUGGAUUCAAAAUUGAAAUAACAUCAAGUAAGUGAGAAUAUAUUUGAAAACCUGUAAAAUGUACAGCUUUCUACUUUUUAAAUGUUAUCCUAUUGUGUGUAUAUAGGAAAGCCCAUACCUUCGGUUACUUAAUAUUUGGAAGUUAGAUAUUUAUUCUAGUCAUAUAUUGUAAAUUACAUUUGUUCUAACAAAGAUCUUAGUAAUUAUUACUGUAGUAAGACAGCUGUGAGGGCAGUUUAUGUGGGCAACACAAAUCCUCUGGAAUUUUUAAGGACUUAAGUCUUAAAUUUGCCACCUAAAUACUGUUAGAGAGAAGGAUUGUAAUUUUAGUGAUUGUUUGCAUGAUACAGUUGCUCUUUUGAGAAUGUCUUUGGGAUAAUCCAGUGCAAGUAGGCAUGCUGUGACAUUUGAGUAUUAGCUACAAGAAAUAUUUACCCAACAUCCAGCUUCCACAAAAUCAUCUAAUAUAGAAAAUAUAAUUCAUGCUACUGCUAUCUAUGAUACAUUGUCUUGUUUGAAUUGCGUAUUGAUUGUUGAGGUCACAAUGUUUUCCAUAAUAUUUACAAAUUCUUUGCUUAAUAGGCACAAGGAAAUGUUUUCUGGGUGGAAAAGCUUUCAUCAUUCAUCUUGUAAUAAAAACAUAGAGCUCUAAAAAUGAGCACUUCAGAAAAUUCUUUUGAAAUAAAGUACAUGUAUACUGAA